AUGGCCCUUAUUUUGAUGUACGUCAAGAAUAAUGAUUUGCUAGGGGAAUGGUUCUUUGAUAUCAUGGGUGUCAAAAAUACUUCUGCAUUGACUCUUAAAAAAGAGAUAUCGAAUAUCCUUUCUCAAUUUAAUCUCCCUAUUCAAAACAUGCAUGGUCAAGGAUAUGAUGGUGCUAGCAAUAUGCGUGGCAAAUGGAAUGGACUUCAAGCUUUAUUUCUUAAAGAUUGCCCAUAUGCAUAUUAUGUACAUUGCUUUGCACAUCAUCUGCAAUUGGCCUUAAUUGCGGCAGCAAAAGAUGAGCCUAAUGUUUGGAGUGAGGUUGAAAAGAUAUUGGCUAGUGGUGAGCGUCAAGUUGGUAAAGGGGCCAAUCAAAUUGGUACCUUGCAUCGAGCUGAAGCUACUCGUUGGAGCUUGCAUUAUGACUCUGUUAGAAACUUGAUUGAUAUGUAUGAGGCAUCUUGUGUAGUUGUUGAAAGUCUCAAGAAGAGUACAAAUCAACAAAUUCGCAGGCAAGCUAAUGGUGUUUACAAAAAAACUCAAGACAUCUUAAAUGCGGUGAAAUUAGUCUCUACAACAAAAGCUCUCCUUCAAAAACUUAGACAAGAUGAUUGGGAUAUUUUUCUUGCAAAUGUGGUGUCAUUUCGCCAUCGACACAACAUUGCGGUAUAUGAUAUGAGUUCUCCUUAUGAAGAGGGUACAAGUCGUUGUCAUCAACAAGAUUACAUUACAAUUGAGCAUCAUUAUCACUUUGACAUAUUCAACUCUACAAUUGAUUUUCAAUUGAUGGAGUUAGAACAUAGAUUUAAUGAUGGGGUAGUAAAACUUCUUUCUCUUAGCUCGACUUUUGAUCCAAGUGGCAAUUUUAAAUCUUUUAAUGUGGAUAAUAUUUGCAAUCUUGUUGAGAAAUUUUAUCCCCAAGAUUUCACUUCUCAAGACAUCCAUGCUUUGAGAUGUCAAUUAAUGCAUUAUAAGCUUGAUGUUGUUUGUGAUCCCAAGUUUCAUAAGAUAUCUACCCUUGCCGAAUUGUGCCGAGAACUAUGUGACAAGAAAGUUCGAGCAUUACACCAUGAUCUACAAAUUGAUUCGUCUUGUGUCAACCUUUCCUAUUUCUACAGCGACUACGGAAAGAGCAUUUUCGGGUAUGAAGCAUAUUAA